UUCGCAUUGAUUAAAUCAUACGUGACCUUGAAGCCCUGUGAUACACUCGACAAGACCACAUCCUGCUGUAAAAAAAACGCGAUAAAGCAUGACUGACCAUACAACAAUGUUCAUCCCCACCAGUUGUCUCAAGCUAAUUUUCGUCUUGAUUAGUUUGGGAGUCUUUAUUUAUUGUGCAAACGGGUCUGCUUUUAUUGUUCCCGUGAAGUACGACGAGCGAGGUCUUCCUUUUGUCGAAUAUGGGGAACACAAGUACCCAAUCAAGGAAGAUAGGGAUAUCAACUUUCGAGACGAAAAUGGAUGUACCGUUCACCUAGAUCUUCGUCUACCUACGAUGGAUGAAAUGGAAAUGGAAACCGGAUUUGUCCAGGGAUCUCUGUUGUGUCUCCGAAACGACGAUUACUGACGGAGUAGACGAUACAGAUUAUUAGUAUUGAACGUUAAGUAGCAUUAAUAUACUGGUCCUUA